AUGCUCUCUACAGACCUGAAGGAAGCUCUUCGCUACGAGAGCCCCGCGCACAUGCCUGGGUUCCCACCCUCUAUUAGCCCGAUUCAUUUUGGUUGCAUCGGAGGACACGGCCAGUCGGCGAUCGCUUUGAUCCUGUUGAAAUUGGGAUAUGUUGUUCAAGGAAGCGAUAUCAAAGAAAGCGACAAUGUCGUCCGAUUGCGGGCCGCAGGCGCAACAGUAUUUAUUGGCCAUGACAAAGACCAGCUCGGCUCUGCAAAGCUCGUGGUCGCAUCAACCGCGGCAACGAAGAACAAAACCAAUGUUGAGGUUGACGCUGCUCGAGACCGACGGAUCCCGGUCAUCCACAGAUCCGAAAUGUUGGCCUCGUUGAUGCGCCAUCACAAGUCCAUUGCAAUUAGCGGCAGUCAUGGCAAGAGUACGACGACUAGCAUGGUUGCGGGCAUGCUAGAAGCCGGCGGGCUGUCCCCGACAACGAUAUCCGGUGCGGUCGUCACGCAGUAUGGCAGCAAUGCUCACAUGGGCUCCGGUCACUGGAUGGUUGUGGAAGCCGAUGAAAGCGAUGGCACAAUGGUCCGGCUUCCUGCUCUGAUUUCGGUGGUAACGAAUAUUGACAGUGACCAUAUAACAUUUUAUGGCACACAGGAGAAGACCCGAGCAACAUUUGCUCAGUUCGUACGGAAUGUGCCAUUCUAUGGACUCGCGGUCCUUUGCAUCGACGAUCCGGGAGUUCGCAAAAUCCUCCCCGAGGUUCAAGAUCGCAACAUCGUCACCUACGGGGUUUCAGAAGAUGCAGAUGUCCGUGCAGAGAACGUCGAAUACAACCCGCAAGACUCGACCUUCGUCCUGUCCGUUAGAGACCGACGGGAUGGAACUCGUCGAGUUGUUGGAUCUAUAGUCUUGAAUGUUCUGGGAUUACAUAACGUCCAAAACGCGUUAGCCACUACUGCCAUUGCACUUGAGCUCAGCAUUGAACUGGAAAGCAUCCGUUAUGCUUUGGGAAGCUUCCAGGGAACAAAUCGCCGUUACAUCCACGUAGGGGAAGCAAACGGCAUCCAAAUCAUCGACGAUUUCGGCACACACCCUGCCGAGAUAAAGGCGACACAAACGAUGGCAAAGCAAGCGGGUGCGCGCAGAGUCAUUGCUGUCUACCAGCCUACUGUUGUAGUGAGAAACGUGGAAGCAUGGCUGGAGGAAUAUCCGGCGGCUUUCGAAGAGUCGGCACACAUCAUCAUCGGCCAGGCAGACGGGGUUGAGGUUGAUCCAGUCCCAACGGGCGAGGCACGGGAGACACUUGUUCAAUACCUGCACUCCCACGGGCGUGAGGAUGCGAUCUCAAUGCCCGACCCAUCUGCUCUCCCAGAGCUCGUGUCUCGCUUGGGGCAGGAAGGUGAUUUCGUGGUGUGCAUGGGCUUCCGUAGCUCAACUCUCUGGGCACGAGCAUUGGCAGGUCAAUUGAAAGCGCUGGGAACCCCGAGGAUGAAAGGCGGCCAAUAA